CUUCACGAACAGAACCGUCUGGCCGGGCUCCUGUUUUCUGAGGGUUUCCUAAAAGGCGAGCACCCGGCCCUUCCCCGCUUCCGCCCCGGCUGCGGUUGCCGGCGGGGCUCUGGAGGGAAGCGACUCUGCGGAGCCGCGGUCACCUCCGGAGGUCCUCGCCCCUCAGUCCCUUUAUUCCCGAAGCCUGGCCCGGCCGUGCCGGGCGCCCUGGGAAGGCGGGGAUGGUUCCGAUGGAGACGCAGCUGCAGAGCAUUUUUGAGGAGGUGGUGAAGACGGAAAUUAUAGAAGAGGCUUUCCCCGGCAUGUUUAUGGAUACCCCUGAAGAUGAAAAAACAAAACUAAUUAGCUGUUUGGCGGCCUUCAGACAAUUUUGGGGUGGUCUUUCUCAGGAAUCUCAUGAACAAUGUAUCCAGUGGAUUGUUAAAUUUAUUCAUGGCCAGCAUAGUCCUAAGAGAAUCUCUUUUCUUUAUGACUGCUUAGCAAUGGCAGUUGAGACUGGUCUUCUUCCACCCAGGAUGGUUUGUGAAUCCCUAAUCAAUUCUGACAGUCUUGAAUGGGAAAGAACACAGCUGUGGGCCUUAACAUUUAAACUAGUUCGGAAAAUAAUUGGGGGAGUGGAUUAUAAGGGUGUUCGAGAUCUCUUAAAAGUGAUUUUGGAGAAAAUUUUGACAAUUCCUAAUACAGUGAGCUCUGCUGUUGUACAGCAGCUUCUGGCAGCAAGAGAGGUUAUAGCAUAUAUUUUGGAAAGAAAUGCCUGCUUAUUACCAGCGUAUUUUGCAGUCACAGAAAUCAGGAAACUAUACCCUGAGGGAAAACUUCCACACUGGUUACUUGGAAACCUGUUAUCAGACUUUGUGGAUACUUUCAGGCCCACAGCAAGGAUAAAUUCCAUUUGUGGCCGCUGCAGUCUUCUGCCAGUUGUAAAUAACUCAGGCGCCAUUUGUAAUUCAUGGAAAUUGGACCCUGCUACCCUUCGUUUUCCUUUGAAAGGCCUUUUGCCAUAUGAUAAGGAUCUGUUUGAACCACAGACUGCUUUGUUGAGAUAUGUAUUGGAGCAGCCUUAUUCCAGGGAUAUGGUCUGCAAUAUGCUAGGUUUAAAUAAGCAGACCUUGAACAUUGCUCAGCAUAAGCAGCGCUGCCCUGUGCUGGAGGACCAGCUGGUGGAUCUGGUGGUUUAUGCUAUGGAGCGAUCCGAGACUGAAGAGAAGUUCGACGACGGGGGAACCAGUCAGCUCCUGUGGCAGCAUCUCUCGAGUCAGCUCAUUUUCUUUGUGCUUUUCCAGUUUGCAAGUUUUCCACAUAUGGUUCUUUCCCUUCAUCAGAAGUUAGCAGGACGAGGACUGAUAAAAGGCAGAGAUCAUCUGAUGUGGGUUCUCCUGCAAUUCAUUUCCGGAAGUAUUCAGAAAAAUGCACUAGCUGAUUUUCUCCCUGUCAUGAAGCUCUUUGACUUGCUGUACCCAGAAAAAGAAUGUAUCCCAGUUCCUGAUAUUAACAAACCUCAGUCAACUCACGCCUUUGCAAUGACUUGCAUUUGGAUUCAUCUUAAUAGAAAAGCUCAAAAUGACAACUCAAAGCUACAGAUUCCAAUACCCCAUUCCUUAAAACUUCACCACGAGUUUCUCCAGCAGAGCCUGAGAAAUAAAAGUUUACAAAUGAACGACUAUAAGAUUGCCCUGUUAUGUAAUGCAUACUCUACAAAUUCAGAGUGUUUUACGUUACCAAUGGGAGCGCUGGUAGAAACCAUUUAUGGAAAUGGAAUUAUGAGGAUACCUCUCCCUGGAACUAGCUGUUUGGCUUCAGGAUCUAUUACUCCCUUACCAAUGAACCUCCUGGAUUCACUGACAGUUCAUGCUAAAAUGAGCCUUAUUCAUAGCAUCGCAACCAGAGUGAUAAAACUUGCUCAUGCAAAGUCCAGUGUGGCCUUGGCUCCAGCCCUAGUGGAAACUUACAGUCGUUUAUUGGUCUAUAUGGAGAUAGAGUCUUUGGGCAUCAAAGGAUUUAUCAGUCAGCUUUUGCCAACUGUUUUCAAGUCACACGCAUGGGGGAUCUUACACACACUCCUUGAAAUGUUCAGCUACCGGAUGCACCACAUUCAGCCGCAUUACAGAGUUCAGCUCCUGAGCCAUCUUCAUACUUUGGCUGCUGUUGCACAAACCAACCAGAACCAGCUCCACCUCUGUGUUGAGAGCACUGCUCUCAGGCUUAUAACAGCAUUAGGUAGCUCGGAGGUACAGCCACAGUUUACACGCUUCCUCAGUGAUCCCAAAACAGUGCUGUCAGCAGAAUCUGAAGAACUAAACCGUGCCUUGAUAUUGACCUUAGCUAGAGCAACUCACGUAACAGAUUUUUUUACAGGUUCUGAUUCCAUUCAGGGAACUUGGUGUAAAGACAUACUUCAGACCAUCAUGAGUUUUACUCCUCAUAAUUGGGCUUCACAUACCCUUAGCUGUUUUCCAGGCCCGCUACAGGCAUUCUUCAAACAAAAUAAUGUACCUCAGGAAAGCCGCUUUAAUCUGAAAAAAAAUGUGGAGGAGGAGUACAGGAAGUGGAAGUCAAUGAGCAAUGAAAAUGACAUCAUCACCCACUUUGUGCAGAGCUCCCCUCCUCUCUUUCUUUGUCUUCUCUGGAAAAUGCUCUUGGAAACAGAUCAUAUUAAUCAGAUAGGCUAUAGGGUAUUAGAGAGAAUUGGAGCCAGGGCCUUGGUGGCCCAUGUGAGAACAUUUGCUGAUUUCCUGGUAUAUGAGUUCUCUACCUCCGCAGGGGGUCAGCAACUCAAUAAAUGUAUUGAAAUUCUUAAUGACAUGGUAUGGAAGUACAACAUUGUUACGUUGGACAGAUUAAUUCUUUGCCUGGCCAUGCGUAGUCAUGAAGGAAAUGAAGCCCAGGUGUGUUAUUUCAUAAUUCAGUUACUAUUACUCAAACCAAAUGAUUUUAGAAAUCGCGUAAGUGAUUUUGUGAAGGAAAAUUCCCCAGAGCACUGGCUCCAGAACGACUGGCACACUAAACACAUGAAUUAUCACAAGAAAUAUCCUGAGAAGCUGUAUUUUGAGGGCCUGGCGGAACAGGUUGAACCUCCUGUACAGAUCCAGUCCCCCUACCUGCCCAUCUAUUUUGGAAAUGUGUGUCUACGAUUCCUUCCAGUAUUUGAUAUAGUGAUCCACAGAUUUUUAGAGUUGCUUCCAGUAUCCAAAUCACUGGAGACUUUACUGGAUCACCUAGGAGGCUUAUACAAAUUUCAUGAUCGUCCAGUGACUUAUCUAUAUAAUACUCUGCACUAUUAUGAAAUGCACCUGAGAGAGCGCAAAUUUCUCAAGCGAAAACUUGUCCACGCCAUCAUUGGUUCGCUCAAGGAUAAUCGACCACAGGGCUGGUGUUUAAGUGACACUUACCUAAAAAAUGCCAUGAAUGCACGAGAGGAAAAUCCCUGGGUCCCAGAUGACACCUACUAUUGCAGAUUGAUAGGCAGACUAGUAGAUACGAUGGCUGGCAAAUCUCCUGGUCCCUUCCCAAACUGUGAUUGGAGAUUCAAUGAGUUUCCCAAUCCGGCUGCCCACGCUCUGCACGUCACUUGUGUGGAGCUCAUGGCCUUAACAGUUUCAGGCAAUGAGGUUGGGAAUGCACUUCUAAAUGUUGUCCUGAAAAGUCAGCCCUUAGUGCCAAGAGAGAACAUUACAUCAUGGAUGAAUGCAAUUGGUUUGAUCAUCACUGCCCUACCAGAGCCAUAUUGGAUUGUCCUUCAUGAUCGGAUUGUGAGCGUGAUUAGCAGUCCCAGCCUGACGUCUGAAACCGAGUGGGUGGGCUAUCCAUUCCGCCUCUUUGACUUCACCGCCUGUCAUCAGUCCUACUCUGAGAUGAGCUGUAGCUAUACCUUAGCCCUCGCACAUGCCGUGUGGCACCACUCUAGCAUUGGGCAACUUUCUCUCAUUCCAAAGUUUCUUACUGAAGUACUUCUUCCUAUAGUGAAGACUGAAUUCCAGUUGCUGUAUGUAUACCAUCUUGUAGGACCAUUUUUACAAAGAUUUCAACAAGAACGAACUCGAUGUAUGAUAGAGAUUGGUGUGGCAUUUUAUGACAUGUUGCUGAAUGUGGACCAGUGUAGUGCCCACUUGAAUUACAUGGAUCCCAUCUGUGACUUCCUGUAUCAUAUGAAGUAUAUGUUUACUGGAGACAGUGUGAAAGAGCAAGUAGAGAAGAUUAUCUGUAACUUAAAACCAGCUUUAAAACUUCGUCUGCGGUUCAUCACACACAUUAGCAAGAUGGAACCGGCUGCGGUGCCUCCCCAGGCCGUGAGCAGUGGGUCCCCAGCACCUCAGGCUAACCAGGCGCCAGUGUCUCUGCCUGUGACCCAGUGAAGCCAGAGCGCACUGUGGAGAAAAUGGAAAGGCACCAUGUCUGGAAGUGGACUCCAGUCUGUUACAUCUGAAUGUGACUGAGCUACAGUGAUGUGGGGGAAGGAGCAGGGAUUUUCAGAUUGUUGUAGUUUGAUUCAAAUGGUGAAUCUGUCGACACUUUAUGACUCCCAAAUCAAGUAAGCCACCUACUGUUCAUGUUUGUAACAAUUUAUUAGCGCUACUGAGGAACACAAGUAUCUGCUCAAAUAACUUUUCUAACCAUUUGCAAUCUUUCUAUUGGUUUUGUUUUUAUUAUCGAUGACAUGUUCAGUCAUCAAAUGCAUUAUUUUAAAGGUACCACACAUGUAAACUAGUUACUACAAAUCCUUUGAUACAUACGCCUGCUUUGGUAUAUCCUCAGAUCGAUUGGGAUUUUUAUUGAGUAAAAGACUCUAAAUUUCAGUGCAUUGUAGGAUUUCACGUUCUUUUAAAUAUGGCUUGAGAUUUUACUAUGAAUUUGUAACAUUUCUAUCAAAAUUAGCUGUUUUUUGCCUUUGCUGUGAACUUGAAUUUACUGUAUGAAAUGAGUUAGGAGCCAUUUAAGAAAAUGACCUAUCUGAAAAUUCAUAAACGUAAAUAAAAUCAUGCUUAAAUGGUUGAUAAAUUAAUUGCUUUUGUAAUUUGACACUCUUCACCUAACAGAUGAUGUAAUUCUUUAAAUUUUUAUAAUCUUAAAAUUUUUAAAUAUUUAUAUUUCUAAGUAUAGUUUACAUCUUGACCCUUUAAGGUUUAUUAGUUUUUGAGAGACAGUGUUAAUUAUGGAGGGAAAUGGCAGUGUGCUGUUUCUGGCCGGGACCAGGUUUGAACUUGCCACCUCUGGUAUAUUGGGCCAGCACCCUACUCCUGGAGCCACAGGCACUGCCCAGAAAUGGCAGUGUGAAAGACUUGAACUCUAAUUAAUAAAUUCUGUUGAGUGCAUAAACUGUAUGAUUCUUUUAUGACUUAAUUUGAAAGUAGGUCUGUGUUUCUGUCUGGCAGGGUGCCAACUGAGUUUCAGUUGGGGAAUGGCCUUUUUUAUGGGUUCUAUACUACAUUUGGUGACUGAGAUAGACCUAGGUGUUAAGAGUUAAUGAUUUUUUAAAAAUGAAUUAGUGAACUUAACCAACUAUAUUUCAAAUUCAACAUGUUUCCAAAUACAUUCUUCCUAGAGCUUUAUUUUCUUCAUAGGUCAUAUUUUUGAAUCACUAAAAAAUUACUGGCCUUGUAAGUCCAACUCAAGAUUUGUAUAAUGGCAUAAUUAAUUUUUUAAGACUAAUUUUAAAAUUCCCUGGAAAUUUUUUGCUAGCAAUGAAUUAUUGUUCUUGACAUAGUCUCAAUGUAUUCUUGCUACCUUGAGGAGUGUAUUCCUUUGAGAUCCUAGAAUAGGAUAAUUGUGACACUGGGCAUAUUACACAAACGGGUAAUGAAAAUAUUGUCACUUUCUCAAGAUGUGACAUUCUAAUUAAUUUAUUAAAAAUUCAAUUUUCCCCUUCUAGCUUAACAAAAAUGGGAGCACAAUUUUCCCUGGGUACACUUUAAAUAGAAUUAUCAGAGACUAAUAGAGGACCGAAAUUUUAUUUGCGUUUAAGGUACAGAUGAGGGGGAAAAAUGUCUUGGUGUUUAUUACAUUCUCAAAGUUUUUCUUUUUGAAAAUUACCAAUAACUUUACAGUGACUCCGUCUAAUAGGACAUUCUUCAAUGUCCUAUGCCUGUGGUAUUCAAUAUGUAGUUACAGAGCUACAUGUGGCUCUUAGGCAUUUGAAAUGUGGAACUAAAUUUUUAAUUUCAUUAAGUUUUAGUUAAUAUAAAUGACCACAUGUGGCUAAUGUAUUGGACAAUGAACUAUUGAGCAAAGACCUAGCAAUUAGACUCAAAGGGUAAAUUUAAAAUUCUGAGUUAUAUGUGAAAAAUCAGAUUAUAGGGGCUCUUAAACGUAUAGUGGUUAAAAUACCACCACAAUAAAAAUCCUUUCCUAGAGCCUACUUUAUGCCAGAGUCCCCUUGGAUUUUUAUGUAAGUUGGGAGCACAGGAGAAAGUUGUGUUUCCCUUGUUUUGAUUGCAGUUUAUUCUCAUUUGUUUCUUUUUAAUUUUUUUCUAAUUUCGGAUUAAUACGAGAGUACCUACAAUUAGAGUACAUUACCUCUCAUUUGUUUUUUUCUAUUUUCCUUACUAUAUUCCAGAGCCCAGAUGAGUUUUUAGAAUGUAGCUUCUAACACAUGUUAUAAUUGCAAUGAGUGAAGGGUGAAAUGUCUAGAAACCACAGAUAAUUUUAGAUGAAAUCCUCAUCUGAAUUAGCAGCUUUUAUAUACAAAAUGGAUGUUUGAUUUCUCUGGCUCUUGAGUAGACUUUAGGGAUUAUCUUCUACCACCCAAAAGGCUACCUGACUAGGAACCAUGCUUAAAAUACUAAUCAAUAUCAUUUUGAGACUUAGAAAAGCAAAACACAGACAUGUAACACUAAAACUUGGAGAUUUCCCAAGCCUAGGAUUAGUCAUUGUACAGCUGAAGAAAUCAGAUCUUGGGAGUUUAAACAGCUUUACCAAGGCCUAACAAGGUUUGGGGAUGAUGAUUUCACUGUGACUUUUAAUUUAUUUAUUUCCUUUUUUUUUUUGAGGGUAGGGUGGAGAGUCUCAUUCUGUUACCCAGGCUAGAGUGCGGUGCUCACUGCAACCUGAAACUUACAGGCUCAAGCAAUCCUCCUGCCUCAGCCUCCCAAGUAGUCUAGACUAUAGGCGCAGGCUAUUACAUCUGGCUAAUUUUUCUAAUUUUUGUAGAGACAGGCUCUUGCUUUCACUCGGGCUGGUCUUGAACUCCUGACCACAACCAAUUUUCCAGCUUUAGCCUCCCAAAAUG